AAAAAAAAUUCACAACGGUAUGAUAGCUAAAACUGGUGAAAUACCACAUCAAGUAUCAAUUCAAAGAGAAGGACAUCAUCACUGCGGUGGUAGUAUCAUUGAUGAGUAUCACAUAUUAACAGCUGCUCAUUGUGUUGUCGAGGAAGAUGGUCAACAAACUCAGGGCCUAAAAGUUUUAAGUAGAACAAUUAAUUCAGUAACUGGAAUGAAUGGACAAUUACGAGAUAUUAAAUUAGUAAUUUCUCAUAAACAUUUUAAUUAUUCAAGAUAUGAGAAUGACAUUGCUAUAUUAUUGUUGGAUGUACCAAUUAGUUUUGAUGAGAAUCAAAAUAUAAUUAAAUUCUCUGGUGCAUCAUUUGAUAUGAAAUUAAAACCAGGUGAUAUUGUCAUUGCAAGUGGAUGGGGUGAAACAGAAAAUAAACAAUUAUCUGAAUUAUUAAAAACGGUGAAAACUCAUGUUAUAAGUAAUGAUAAAUGCUUACAAUUAGAUCCACGUACUAAAAGUCGAAAUUUUAUUUGUACUCAUUCACCACAUAGAAAUUGUGGUGUAAGUUUUGUAAGUUUUAUUUUACGAUUAAAGUAUUUAUUUAAAAUUAUUUUGUUAAUUAGAAUAUUAUACUUAUUUGUGACACAGGGUGACAGUGGUGGACCACUUGUUUAUGAAGGUGUUCUUGUUGGUAUUGCAGCACGUAGUUGGUGUAAUGGUAUUGCACCUGAUAUAUUUACAAGAAUUUCAAAAUACAAUGAAUGGAUAUAUCAAGUCCUUGCAGCCUUCCCAAAUUAA